CACACACACACGCAUAACUCCGGGCGGACUCGGUCCCAGCAACAUGUACCCAGCGUGCCGGACACACGCUGCCGCUUUCUCCCGGCUCUGGACGAUGUCUGCACGCCGGGCAAGAGCGAAGCGCCUCUUCGGCUGGAUACUAUUGCUAUUUUCGGCUUCCCAGCGGACGGCGGCUCAAGAUGAUGUCCCGCCGUACUUCAAGACAGAGCCGGUGCGGAGUCAGCUGCACCUGGAAGGGAACCGGCUGGUGCUCACCUGCAUGGCAGAAGGCAGCUGGCCGCUGGAGUUCAAGUGGAUCCACAAUGAGACAGAGCUGACCCGCUUCUCGCUGGAGUACAGGUACCUGAUCCCCUCUCUGGACCGAUCCCACGCAGGUUUCUACCGCUGUAUCGUCCGGAACCGUGUUGGUGCACUCCUGCAGAGGAAGACAGAGGUGCAAGUGGCCUUCAUGGGCACCUUCGAGGAAGGCGAGCGGUCCCAGGCGGUGUCCCAGGGGGAUGGGGCCGUGAUCCCAGCCCCGCGGAUACGCAGCUUCCCUCAGCCGCAGGUCACGUGGUUCCGAGACGGACGCAAGAUCCCGCCCAGCAGUCGCAUCGCCAUCACCCUGGACAACACCCUGGUGAUCCUGUCCACUGUGGCCCCAGAUGCUGGCCACUACUACGUGCAAGCGGUCAACGACAAGAAUGGGGAGAACAAAACAAGCCAGCCGAUCACGCUCUUCGUCGACAAUGUGGGGGGGCCCGCAGAUCCCAUCGCCCCCACCAUCAUCAUUCCUCCCAGGAACACCAGCGUCGUGUCCGGGACGUCAGAGGUGACCAUGGAGUGUGUCGCCAACGCCAGGCCACUCAUCAAGCUCAGCAUCACCUGGAAGAAGGACGGCACCCCCGUCAGCAGCGGCCUGAGCGACUUCAACCGCAGGCUGACCAUCAUCGGCCCCGUGCUCGGCGACUCUGGCUUCUAUGAGUGCGAGGCAGUGCUACGCAGCAGCAGCGUGCCCUCUGUGGGCGCCGGGGCCUACCUCCACGUGCAUGAGCCACCGCAGUUCGUGAAGGAGCCAGAAAGGCACAUCACCGCGGAGAUGGAGAAGGUAGUGGACAUCCCCUGCCAGGCGCGAGGUGUCCCGCAGCCCGAAAUCGCGUGGUACAAAGACGCCGCGCCCAUCAGCCCUGUGAAGACGCCCAGGUACCGGGUUCUGGCGGGGGGCAGCCUGCAGGUCAACGGCCUCCUUCCAGAUGACACCGGAAUGUUCCAGUGCUUUGCUCGCAACCCUGCCGGGGAGGUCCAGACCAACACAUACCUGGCAGUGACCAGCAUAGCCCCCAACAUCACGGCGGGGCCCUCGGACAGCACCGUCAUCGAUGGCAUGUCCGUCAUCCUGCACUGUGAGACCUCCGGAGCCCCACGCCCCGCCAUCACCUGGCAGAAAGGUGAGCGUGUCCUGGCCAGUGGCUCGGUCCAGCUGCCUCGCUUCACACUGCUUGAGUCUGGGAGCCUCCUCAUAAGCCCCGCCCACAUCUCCGAUGCUGGUACCUACACCUGCAUGGCCAGCAACUCCCGCGGCAUCGACGAGGCCUCUGCCGACCUGGUGGUCUGGGCUCGAACCCGCAUCACCAGCCCGCCUCAGGACCAGAGUGUGAUCAAAGGCACGAAGGCCACCAUGACCUGCGGGGUGACCCACGACCCCAGCGUUACCAUCAGGUACGUGUGGGAGAAAGAGGGUACCGUCAUCAGCACUCAAUCCACACAGAGGGUUCGUCUGGAGCCAGACGGCACGCUGCACAUCUCACAGACAUGGUCCGGGGACAUCGGCACCUACACCUGCCGAGUCACCUCUGUCGGGGGCAACGAUUCGCGCAGUGCUCACCUCCGGGUCAGGCAGUUGCCCCAUGCUCCAGAGAACCCAGCUGCCCAGCUGAGCUUCACCGAGAAGAGGGCCAUCAACCUGACCUGGACUAAGCCCUUCGACGGCAAUAGCCCCCUGAUCCGAUACAUCCUAGAGGUGUCAGAAAACAAUGCUCCAUGGACUGUGCUCCUGGCCAACAUUGAGCCCGAAUCCACCGCCGUGACGGUCAGCGGCCUCAUUCCUGCCCGCUCCUACCAGUUCCGCCUAUGUGCAGUCAAUGAUGUGGGGAAGGGUCAGUUCAGCAAGGAGACAGACAGGGUGACCCUCCCCGAGGAGCCGCCCAGUGCCCCGCCCCAGAAUGUCAUCGCCAGCGGACGCACCAACCAGUCCAUCAUGAUCCAGUGGCAGCCCCCACCCGAGAGUCACCAGAACGGCAUCUUGCGGGGGUACAUUAUCCGGUACUGUCUGGCCGGGCUGCCCGUGGGCUACCAGUUCAAGAACAUAACCAAUCCGGAUGUGACCAACCUGCUACUGGAGGACCUCAUCAUCUGGACCAACUACGAGAUCGAGGUGGCGGCCUACAAUGGGGCGGGGCUGGGCACCUUCAGCCACAAGGUGACGGAGUGGACCCUGCAGGGAGUGCCUACCAUCGCCCCCGGCAACGUGCAAGCAGAGGCUGUCAACUCCACCACCAUCCGCUUCACCUGGUCCGCCCCCAGCCCCCAGUUCAUCAAUGGCAUUAACCAGGGCUACAAGCUGUUGGCAUGGGAACCAGGCCAAGAGGAGGAAGUUACCAUGGUGACAGUACGGCCCAACUUCCAGGACAGUGUACACGUGGGCUAUAUCAUGGGACUCAAGAAAUUCACAGAGUACUUCACGUCUGCGCUCUGCUUCACCACGCCGGGGGAUGGACCCCGCAGUCCGCCGAAGGGGCUGCGCACACACGAGGACACUCCUGGUCCUGUGGGCCACCUGAGCUUCACCGAGAUCCUGGACACCUCCCUGAAGGUCAGCUGGAGGGAGCCUCACGAGAAGAACGGCAUCCUCACAGGUUACCGUAUCUCCUGGGAGGAGUACAACCGCACCAACACGCGUGUCACGCACUACCUCCCCAACGUCACGCUGGAGUACCGUGUCACAGGCCUCACCGCCCUCACCACCUACACCAUAGAGGUGGCCGGCAUGACCUCCAAGGGCCAGGGCCAGCUGUCCUCCUCCACCAUCUCCUCAGGCGUGCCUCCAGAGCUCCCUGGGCCCCCCACUAACCUGGCCAUCUCCAACAUCGGGCCUCGGUCCAUCACGCUGCAGUUCAAGCCAGGUUAUGACGGCAAGACCUCCAUCUCCCGCUGGCAGAUGGAGGCCCAGGUCAGCAUCAUUGGUGAGAAUGAGGAUUGGGUCAUGAUACACCAGGUGCCCAACGAACCCGACGCCCGCAGCUUGGAGGUUCCGGGAUUGAACCCCUACACCUUCUACAGGUUUCGAAUGCGCCAGGUCAACAUUGUAGGCACCAGCCCCCCCAGCCAGCCAUCCCGGAAGAUCCAGACCAUGCAGGCCCCACCCGACAUGGCCCCUGUCAACGUGACCCUGCGCACAGCCAGCGAGACCAGCCUGUGGCUGCGCUGGGUGCCCCUUCCAGAGUGGGAGUACAACGGGAACCCAGAGCUGGUGGGAUAUCGGAUCCAGUACUCCCGAACCCGGCCACAGGCCCGGGCACUGACCCACGUCAUCACCGACCGCCUGGAACGCGAAUUCACCAUCGAGGACCUGGAAGAGUGGACCGAGUAUGAGGUCCGGGUGCAGGCUGUGAAUGGCAUCGGCGCUGGGCCUUGGAGCCAGUCAGUCCGGGGUCGGACACGGGAGUCAGUCCCUUCCUGCGGACCCACCAACGUCUCUGCCUUUGCCACCACCUCUAGCAGCAUCCUGGUCCGCUGGUUGGAAGUGCCUGAACCAGACCGUAACGGCCUCAUCCUGGGGUACAAGGUGGUGUACAAAGAGAAAGACUCGGAUGUGUCGCCGCAGUUCUGGAUGGUUGAGGGCAACACCACCCACAGCAUCCAGCUAAGCGGGCUGGGCAAGUAUGUCCUGUAUGAGAUCCAGGUGCUAGCCUUCACCCGCAUCGGCGACGGGGCACCCAGUGCCCCCCCCAUCCUGGAGAGGACCCUCGAUGAUGUCCCGGGACCCCCAGUGGGCAUUCUGUUCCCCGAAGUCCGGACCAACUCGGUCCGACUGAUCUGGCAGAGCCCCGCCCAGCCCAAUGGCAUCAUCCUGGCCUAUCAGAUCACAUACCGCCUGAACUCCACCAAUAGCAACACAGCGACAGUGGAUGUGCUGAACCCCAGCGCACGGCAGUACACCGUGCUGGGUCUGAAGCCUGAGUCAGUCUACGUGUUCCGCAUCACGGCACAGACACGCAAGGGCUGGGGGGAGGCAGCUGAGGCCAUAGUAAUCACCACUGAGAAGAGAGCCCGACCCCAGCCCACCAGCCGGCCCACGGUGCAACAAGAGGAUGUGCAGGCACGCAGCGUCCUGUUGUCAUGGGAACCCGGCAGUGACGGGCUCUCCCCAGUGCGGUACUACACGAUCCAGUCCCGGGAGCUGCCGGACAGCAACUGGACAGUGCACUCGGCCUCUGUCAGCCACGAGGCCAGCUCCUAUGUCGUGGACAGACUCAAGCCUUUCACCUCCUACCAGUUCCGGGUGAAGGCGACUAACGACAUCGGCGACAGCGAGUACAGCGAGGAGAGCGAGGCUAUCACUACCCUGCAGGACGCCCCAGAUGAGGCCCCCGUGAUCCUCUCAGUCACCCCGCACACCACCACCUCAGUGCUGAUCCGGUGGCAGCCCCCCCCAGAAGAGCAGAUAAACGGGAUCCUGCUGGGAUUUCGGGUGUGGUACAGAGAGCUGCUGUAUGACCGACUGCGCAGCUUCUCCGAACGCUCUGCCGACAGCCCAUCGGCCCCCUGGACCGAGUUGACUUCCCCCUACAGCAUACGCAACCUGAGUGAUACAUCUCUCACUCAGCAUGAGCUGGACAGCCUCAGCAAGCACAAGAGAUAUGAGAUCCGGCUGAGUGUGUACAACGCCGUGGGGGAUGGGCCCACCAGCGCGCCCCAUGAGGUCUUUGUGGGAGAGGCAGUUCCUACAGCUCCACCCCAAAAGGUUGCUAUCCAAUCAGCAACGGCCACCCAGCUUGAUGUGACGUGGGAGCCCCCUCCUCUGGAAACUCAAAAUGGGGACAUUCAGGGGUAUAAGAUCUAUUUCUGGGAGUUCCAGCGGCAAAACGAUACGGAACGGCUACGCACCCUUUUCCUGCCAGAGGGGGGCGCCAAGCUGAAGAACCUGACCGGCUACACCACGUACAUGAUCAGUGUGGCGGCCUUCAAUGCGGCCGGUGACGGCCCUCGUAGCCCACCCACAAGGGGGCGCACCCAGCAGGCAGCCCCCAGUGCUCCCAGCUUCAUCCACUUCAGUGAGCUCACCACCACCUCCGUCAACGUGUCCUGGGGGGAGCCACUGUAUCCUAAUGGCAUCAUUGAAGGGUACCGUCUGGUCUACGAGCCCUGCACACCUGUGGAUGGCAUCAGUAAGAUUGUGACAGUGGACGUGAAGGGUGGCGCCCCCUUCUGGAUGAAAAUCAAAGACCUGGCCGAUGGCGUCACCUACAACUUUCGCAUCAGGGCCAAGACCUUCACGUAUGGCCCUGAGGUGGAGGCCAACAUCACCACCGGUCCUGGAGAAGGGGCCCCUGGUCCUCCUGGAGACCCCUUCAUAUCACGCUACGGUGCGGCCCUCACGAUUCACUGGACCAGCGGGGACCCUGGAAGGGCGCCCAUCACACGCUACGUCAUUGAGGCCAGGCCUUCGGAUGAGGGGCUCUGGGACAUCCUGAUCAAGGACAUCCCCAAGGAAGUGACAUCAUAUACUUUCAGCAUGGACAUCCUGAAGCAAGGGGUCAGCUAUGACUUCCGGGUCAUCGGUGUGAACGACUAUGGCUAUGGGUCCCCCAGCCCCCCAUCACCGUCCAUAUCAGCACAAAAGGUGGCACCCUUCUAUGAAGAGUGGUGGUUUCUGGUCGUGGUGGCCCUGGUGGGCCUCAUCUUCAUCCUCCUGCUAGUGUUCAUCCUCAUCAUCCGAGGACAGAGCAAGAAGUACGCCAAGAAGUCAGACUCAGGGAACAACUCCAACUGCAACGCGCUGACACAUGGUGAGAUGGUGAGUCUGGACGAGGGCCGUUUCCCCUCCCUGGAGCUCAACAACCGCAGGCUGUCCGUCAAGAACUCCUUCUGCCGCAAGAACGGCGUCUACACCCGGUCGCCCCCCCGGCCCAGCCCAGGAAGCCUCCACUACUCAGACGAGGACAUCAGUACCAAGUACAACGACCUGAUCCCAGCUGAGAGCAGCAGCCUGACCGAGAAGCCUUCUGAGAUCUCCGACUCGCAGGAGGCGCUCAUGUUCUCAUAUAAAAGUAGUGGUCUUCGUGUUCAGCCACUUCAUUUGGGCAGCGACAGUGAGUACGAAGUGGACCAGAACCGGCAGAAGACUCACUCCUUUGUCAACCACUACAUCAGCGACCCCACCUACUACAACUCGUGGCGGCGCCAGCAGAAGGGCAUUUCCCGGGCCCAGGCCUACAGCUACACGGAGUCCGACUCGGGGGAUGCUGAGCACGGCACUGCACCCCCACCCCUGCCCCCGCUCCCCCCACUGCCGCCCCAGCUGAACCCCACGCCCCAGGCCGUGGGUCAGGUCCAGCCCCAGACCCAGGCUCAGGCCCAGGCACAGAGCAGCCUUUUCAGGCCCAAAGGUAGCCGGACUCCCACCCCGUCACAGCAGACCUCCAAUCCCCCAAGCCAGCACAGCACCCUCUACAGGCCACCCAGCAGCCUAGCACCUGGCUCACGAGCCCCCAUCGGGGGAUUCUCCUCCUUUGUUUGACGUGGGGAAUAAAAAAAGACGACAGCAAAGACUCUAAACAAACACGAAACACAGACAAAUCGGUGUUUCACGGAGAUUCCUGCAUCGUCGGCUUUCCUUUGUUCUCUCCUCAGAUUCCCUGAUGCCAGAAGUUUUCUGUGUUUAUUAAGCAUUUUUUUUAUUAUUAUUAUUUUUGCAUGUGUGUAUACUGGCGUGGACCCGUGUGUUCUGACACGUUUGUCUGCUUUGUUUUCACUUUUUUUUUUGGGGGGGGGGGGGUGAGUUGCAUGUUUUUUUUCCUGCAACUUAUUAAUUUUAUUUUAAAUGUUCUUUUAUUCAUCAAACCAAAAACCAUGGGAGUCUGUAAACGGAAACCUGUUACAAUGGGAAAUGCAAUCAAAGGGUAUUUGGGGUGCCAUUCAGGCAGGUGACGUCACCAGAGGAUGGAGAUGAGGGACAAAGGGAGUGAGGAAGGGGAACAGAAGAGCGAGGCGAAGCGUGAAGACUGCUAACGGAGUCUAAGUCCACCUAAGACUACAGCCCAGACUGUACUUGGAAGUUGUGCUGUGACCCAGUGGAAUGUUUUGGCAGGAAAACUGGAUGUUGUCUGGAGGCUGCCCUCAGAUUGAUGCCAAGGGUCAGAGGUCACAGGUACGCGGUGAAGCCAGAGAAAGGUUUUUGGGUGAAGCGGUGACAGACUGGAAACAGGAACAUUCCGGAUACUCCUGACUCAUCAGACACAGCAGCAAGGCUCUCCCUGUUCACAUCCUAAAAAUAUGGGUGUGAAUGUACGUGAAUCAGACCCCGUAACGUCCCCGGUGGAAUUACACACCUUAUACAUGUUUGUAAGUCACUUCCUGUAUGAAAAAUUCAACAUGCACAUUACUGUCCGUUUGAAAGUCGUGCCCAGAUCUCCUGUGUAUUUCAGCUGCAGGGUGAGUGAAGUGAAGGUAUUACAGUAUCUGGGAUCAGGGUAUAAGGCACAGAUUUACCGCCCGCUGUUGCUGUUGAUGACAUCAUCUCUGUGCCAGCGCCAGCAAGUGACAUCAUGGGCAGUGUCACUCAACUUUCCCACUGAAAGAGAGGUAAACUCACGGCCUUGUUAAACCCGGCAGCGUGAUUUAUGGAGGUCUAACCAGCGCUGUCUGAGCACGCUGAGUAAAAUGCGGUGGAAGAAGACAGGAAGCCACAAAGAGGAAGUGGCGUGGUCCUAUGCUUCAGUGUGUGACUGAUCCUUAAGGAGGACGUCAGGCGAAAAGCGUAGCUUGGAGCGUGUUCUCCUGCAUGGGCUGUGUGACAGUGGCCCUCGGGGGUCUGUGGCCAUAAAAGCCUGUUUGCAAAGCACCAUGGGAGAUAGGUGAUAGCAGGCUGGCUGGGUUCUCACCUACGUGUCACAAACCUACAUCUCAACUAUUUAUGGCCAAAAUACCAUCUACUUUUCUCUCAGAAAAACACUCUCUGCACAUAAGCUUGUCAUCUAGACAGUAUAAAAAUACAACAAUAAUAUGGGCAUGUUGAAUAUUUUUUAGCGCUGAAGGCUUUGCAUCGAACUGUAGCUUGGGGUGUUUUUGGAAGGUGGGGGAGUGGAUUUAGAAGGCGGCCUUGAGGUCACAUUGCGGUAACCAUGGAAACACGUAGUCAGGGCCAUAGCGGUAAACAGGUAUGCACUAAAGGGGCCUGUUUGCCUGGGAGAACCCGAACAACGGCAUCUGCAGAGGAUGAAAGGGCCGCCACAGGCCUGAGUCACCAAAGCAGAAUCAUCUCAUUAUGCUUGGAGGCCUCAUAAAAUGAACUCUUUGGCUGGUUUCCGUACCGUAGCAGUGAGCUGAGCCAGUGCACAGACACAGCGUCAUUUGGAAAGUCAGUCUCAGAA